GAAACAACCACAAAGUCUUCUCUUUCUUUCUUCUUAGCCAUGGAUCUUUUGCAACUCUUAUGUCUCUUUCCCUUGCUAUAUUCCUUUUUUUGCCUUUUCAAGAUGAUUCUUCAACGUAGAGGCCAGUCAUGUUACAUGUUAGCCUAUGAGUGUUUCAAACCGCCAGAAGAUACUAUUCUUGACACAGAUUCAGCUGCAAAAAUAGUCAUGAGAAACAAGAACUUGGGAUUGGAGGAGUACCGGUUUCUCCUGAAAACCAUUGUCAGCUCUGGGAUUGGGGAGCACACUUACUGCCCCAGAAACGUUCUUGAAGGGAGGGAAGAAUGUCCUAGUCUCAAAGACACCUAUGAUGAAAUUGAUGAGAUCAUGUUUGACACUCUUGAUAAUCUCUUCAAAAGAACCGGUUUUUCUCCCUCUGAGAUAGACAUCCUCGUGGUCAAUGUGUCCUUGUUCUCCCCUGCUCCUUCUCUCACAGCUCGCAUCAUAAACAGGUACAAGAUGAGGGAGGGCAUCAAGGCCUUCAACCUUGCAGGAAUGGGGUGCAGUGCAAGUGUUGUUGCUAUCGAUAUGGUGCAGCAGCUUUUCAAGACAUACAAGAACUCCAUUGGAAUUGUUGUGAGCACAGAAGAUCUCGGUGCACAUUGGUACUGUGGAAAGGACAAGAAGAUGAUGCUUUCAAAUUGCCUCUUUCGCUCAGGAGGGUGUUCCAUGCUUUUCACAAACAAGCCAUCUCUGAAGAACAAAGCAAUCAUGAAGCUGAAGCACAUGGAGAGAACUCAGUAUGGUGCAGAUGAUGAAGCCUACAGUUGCUGCAUCCAAGUAGAAGAUGAUGAAGGUUACUCAGGUUUUCGCCUAACCAAGAGUCUUGUUAAGUCUGCAGCACAGGCUUUGACAGUGAACCUUCAAGGGAUGGCCCCAAAGAUUCUCCCAAUUUGGGAACUGGUGAGGUUCUUUACUCUGUCUCUGAGAAACAGGGGAAUUGCUAUGUUUCUUGGCAAUGGUAAAGUGAAAAGGGCCACAUUCAAUGUGUUAGGAGGAGGAGGGGGUUUGAAUUUAAGGUCAGGAAUAGAGCACUUUUGUGUGCACCCUGGUGGAAGGGCAGUUAUUGAUGGGGUCGGUAAGGGUUUAAGGCUCAAUGAAUAUGACCUUGAGCCUUCAAGAAUGGCACUUCAUAGGUGGGGAAACACUUCUGCUGGUGGAUUAUGGUAUGUUUUGGGGUACAUGGAGGCUAAGAAGAGGCUCAGGAAGGGUGAUAGGAUCCUCAUGAUAAGCCUUGGAGCUGGGUUCAAGUGCAACAACUGUGUUUGGGAGGUGAUGAGGGAUUUGUCUGAUGCUAAUGUGUGGAAAGAUUGCAUUGAUAGUUACCCUCCAAACACACUCAACAACCCUUUCAAGGAGAAGUACAACUGGCUCAAUGAUGAAUUUCUUAACUUUGUGAGGUUGGAUACUAGUAAGAUGGUGUGGGAUAAAGAAGAGAGAAAAUAAUUACGUAUUUUAGUAAAAUGAAAGUGAUUUGUAAACAUUCACAUAGUGCAGACACCCGAAAUAUAUUUAUGAUGAGAAAGUAAGAGAACAGACAAAAAAAAUUGAGGUGUAUGUGACAUGUUUAUAUUGUUUAGGUGUCUAAGUAUCAUUACUAAAAUUGGGAUUGUGAUAAGCUAAAGGAAAGGAAAAGAAAAAAAUCAAACUAUACAGGUUUAGUUGGGUCCUGUUUCCAACUUUUACAAUAUUUGUUUUGUUCAUGUUUAAUCAAACUUAAAUAUAUCAUUGGUCACAGGAAAAUUUGUCAAGUGUAAAAUUAAUUUGUUGAGGUAAACUUCAAAACCCUGUGUAUUAUGCUAUUGGUGAAAUAAAGCUCAUAUCAUUUA